AAUUUCAGGAGAAGAAGAAGAAAAGGCUCCGCUAACCCGGAAGUAUGCCGGAGAUGGAACAUCCACGGAUUUGUGCACUUUAACCCUAAAGCUGUUUAAACACUUGCACUAAUGGCUCAAGACAGGAGGUAAGGACCACUUGUUCCUCACACGAAGACUCGUUUGAAAGUGUUGAUAUCUAAAAAGCGUGUUGUUUCUAAAUACGAUCGAUAAAGUUGCUUCAAAAUGACAUUUGGUCUCUAAAGUUUCCUAACUGCCUUCUGUAGCAAACAUAAAACAUCAAAGUUAUCCUGUUGCUACCAACAUGAAACCAAUAACAUGGAAAUUUCAAGCAAAUGUAUCUUUUUCAGUUGCUGUGGAAACGGUCUCUUUGACUCAUGUCUUCACCUGGACGUAAAGGAUUAUUAUGGGAAGAUCCUGAGGAAAACCUCAGACCUGAAGACCAAUGCCUGCAAGACUCCAGCCCAACCAACCCCAGCUUUCAUUCGUGAUGCUCUGAUGAAAGUCCACCCUGAUGUUUGUGCCCGGUACUAUGGCUGUGGUCUGGUUGUGCCACUGUGCGUGGAGGGCUGCAGGAUACUGGACCUGGGUAGUGGAAGUGGGAGAGACUGCUACGUGUUGAGUCAGCUGGUGGGGGAGGAUGGCCAUGUCACAGGCAUUGACAUGACAGAAAUCCAGCUUGAAGUGGCCAGAAACUACGUGGACUACCACAUGAACGAGUUUGGCUACAAGAAGCCGAAUGUGAGUUUCGUCCAGGGCUACAUGGAGGCCUUGACUGAGGCGGGUCUGGAAAAGAACUCGUUUGAUAUCGUCAUUUCCAACUGUGUGGUGAACCUCUCUCCAGACAAGAAGCUGGUUCUGGCUGAAGCUUACAGUGUACUCAAGGAAGGCGGUGAGCUGUACUUCAGUGACAUCUACUGCAGCGGACAACUGACAGAGGAAAUUAGAAAUCACAAAGUGAUGUGGGGCGAGUGUCUCGGCGGAGCACUCUGGUGGAAGGAUCUGCUUCGGCUAGCCGACGAAGUCGGCUUCAGCGUGCCGAGACUGCUCACAGCCAGCAUCGUCAGCGUUGGCAACGAGGAACUGCAGCACAUUCUGGGUGACUUCAAAUUUGUUUCUGCCACUUACCGCCUGUUUAAAGUCCCUAAAGGCCCCCCCGAGGCUUGUCGGGUCGUUUACAACGGAGGCGUCACCGGAGCGGAGGACAGGUUACGCUUUGACUGUCGGAACACCUUUAAGGCUAAUGAAGUGGUGGAGGUGGAUGGAGAACUAGCUAACAUCUUGAAAUGCUCCAGAUUCGCUCCAGAUUUCAAUUUUCAGCCACCGGGUGGCUCCACUGAGCUCUGUUGUGUCAACCCUAAGGCUGACAUCGUGGAUCCUUUUGAGCUGGCUGUUGAGCUGGGCAGCCAGGGCCUCAGUGCAGCCACAGGGGGAUGCUGCAGCACAAAAUCUGCUGACUGCUGCAGAUGAUGAGCAUGAUGGGAACAGCACAGUACAAACCCGACACAGUGUGUGUGUGUGUGUGUGUGUGUGUGUGUGUGUGUGUGUGUGUUAGAAAGGAUGAUCUUGGCUUUUAUUCCUACCUUUUUCAUGCAUAUUUACCAAGUUGCAUUUCAUAUAGAACAGUAGACCUUGUGAAGACACUGCUUGUUGUUUGGAAUAAAACUUGAAUAUUUUCACAUGUUUUAAAUUUCUAAAGUUUUCUGCAGUGGUUUGGCAGAUUUUUAGAACAUUUGCAUCUGGCCCAGUUUACAUCACUAUUACAUUGCAAAUAUAAAUUGUGCAUUUAUUUCAAAAUCCAAGUACUUUAAAGUUCAAAGUGACUUUAAAGUAAUCUUUAAAUAGCAGUGGAAUCUCCAGAAUGCUUUUAUUACAGUAUCUGUGCAAAGUUUGUACUUAUUUAUGUUAAAUGAACAAAAACAAAUGUUUGCAGAGAAAAACUAAGUGUGUUGCAUCUUUGCCUUAACAAAAGCCACAAAGUAUUAAAACUCCUGUAAAUUUUUGUACCAUGAUAUGGUUUCCAGUAAGACUUUACAAAUAAAUUCUUAUCAUGUGUUUUACUGUUA